AUAUUCAUUACUCGACGAAGUGCGUGGCAGCAAUAAGCGACCUCGGUUUAUCCGGUCUUCUGUCGCAUGGUUCUUUCGCUUCCGGAGAAUCAUGCCGUUCCAGAGGUUCGUGCAGUCUGGCCGUGUGGCCUAUGUGAGCGAUGGCCUUUAUCAAGGCAAACUGAUCACUAUUGUCGAUAUCAUUGACCAGAAUCGGGUUCUAGUCGAUGGCCCGUCGUCAGGUGUACCUCGUUGCGAGAUGAGACUCAACGAGCUCCACUUGACAAAAUUCCGUUUGCGUUUCCCGUUCUCUGGAUCCACUCGUGUUGUGCGUAAAGCCUGGAACGCGGCUAAUAUCAAUGAACUUUGGAAACAGACGAUGUGGGCCAGAAAAGUUGAAGCUAAGAAGAAGCGUGCGCAACUCAGCGACUUCGACCGCUUCAAGCUGCGCAAAGCGAGGCAAAUAAGAAAUAAAUUGCGAACAGACGCGUUUAACAGAUUAAGAAGAAAACCGAAGAAAGUCGCGGACAAAGAUGCUGACGCUAAAGAUAAGAAAAAAGUGAAAGCUAGUAAGAGCGCAAAAAAGAUGGAGAAGAAGUAAGAACAUUCUGAAUUAAAUACAAAAUUAUUUUA